CAUGAUGCAUACAUCACUCACAUGGCCGCCGAUGUGUAUAUAUGGAUGUUCAUGCGGGGUUUUUAGGCUGAGACGAUUUAACAGCAGGAAAUUAGGAGGAGAAGUGAGGAGAAGACAGAAGGAUAUGUAGAUGAUUCGGAAAUGUAAUUCUGUGAAUUGACAAAAGAAUAAGAAGCAUCCGAUCUCCAGGGUUCCGGGAGGCUUGGAGAAGGCAGAAAUUUGCAGAGGCUAGAUCGGCGUUGUGGAGAAUUUGGAGGAUUGUUUUAGAGAGGUUUUUUUUUUCUUGAGAGAGAAAAGUUUGAGCAUUCCCAAGGGAGAUGGUGAAGAUUGAAAUUUGCAGAGGCUAGAUCGGCGUUGUGCGGAGAAUUCUUUCAGUGUUUGAGCAUUUCUGUAAAAUAGGGAAAUUCUUUCAGUGAGAUUUCGUUGUUUGAGCUUUUCUGCAGACUAGGGAAAUUCUUUCGGUGAGAUUUCUUUGAGAGAAAGUCUGAGAUUUUCUGUAAAAUAGAUAUUCUUUCAUUGAGAUUUCUUUGAGCUUUUCUGUGGAAUAGGGAGAUUCUCUCAGUGAGAUUUCCUUGAGAGGAAGUUUGAGCAUUUCUGUAGAAUAAAGAAAUGAUGUACGCACAGCAAGCGCAGCAGGAGGUUUGGAGAUCGCCGGACUUUACAGUCAGGCGAAAGAGCGCGGAGGAGGAGGAAGAAUAUUCGCGGCUCAGGGAGGUUGUGGAGCGCUACCAUUCGCAUGCUGUGUCCGGCAACGAGUGCCGGUCGGUUGUGGUGCAACGCAUCGAAGCACCGGUAAGCGUUGUCUGGUCUGUGGUGCGGCGCUUCGAUGAGCCGCAGGCUUACAAGCACUUUGUGCGGAGCUGUUGUUUGCGUGGCGAUGGAGAUCUGAAGGUAGGGUGCCUGAGAGAAGUUAGGGUUGUUUCGGGGCUCCCUGCGGCCACCAGCACCGAGCGGCUUGAAAUUCUUGACGAAGAGCGCCACAUUUUCAGCUUCCGGAUCGUCGGCGGUGACCACCGGCUGAACAAUUAUCGGUCCGUGACAACGCUUCAUGAGGCGCUUAUUGAAGGUCAGCCUGGCACCGUGGUCGUGGAGUCUUACCUUGUGGAGGUUCCUGAUGGAAAUACUAAGGAGGACACGUGCCUGUUUAUUGAUACCAUUGUUAAGUGCAAUCUGCACUCGCUCGCGCAAAUCUCACAGCACCUCAAGAUGCAUAAUAGCUGCUAGUUGUUGCGCCGGUCGAGGGAUCGAGUCCUGGGACUAUUCUUUCUUCUUUUUGCUCCUUUUCUGUUUCCGUUUUCGGUGUGGUCUUUUACAGUUGUACAAAAGGAGUUGUGUUGUUCCUCGGACAGGCGGGCUGUGGAAUAGCAGAGACGAUUUUCUUGGAGGGAAAAAAUAGGCGCCUUAUUAUUAUUAUAAUUAUUGUUAUACGGCAGAUGUUGUUUAUAAGGAAAAUAGAUAUUUUUUGGGGAAGAGAAGAGCAGGAGUUGAAAUGUUUGAGUGUGGCCGACACAGGUUGGAAUUUCAUUUUAGUAAAUUGAUUCUAUCUGUGUUCUGCUGCUGCCAUGGCAGCGCACACUUUCUCAUAUUUUACUUUUCUUCUUUUUUUUCUUUCUUGAAAUUAGAUUUUCAAUAAUACCGUGUUUUUUCUCCUGGAAAUACCUAUAGCGCAAGAUUCAUUGAUUAUU